UUUCCGUCUCAAAUUCGCUUCGUCGUAUCCCCGAAGGAAGCUGCUCUCUCGUCGGAGAUUAGCUGUCAGUCACCGCCGCGUCAGAGAAGACCAACCAUGAGUACAGCAGAGAGAAGGAGCAGGAAGAUUCAUACAGAUCGUUUUGUUUACCGUGAUGAUCCUUAUCGAAGAGAUUCACUUCCAAUUCCAAGUUUCAGCCAAAACAAUACAUGCAAUAACUGCAAGCGACCUGGUCAUUUUGCUCGAGAUUGUCCCCAUGUCUCAAUCUGCCACAACUGUGGCCUUCCUGGGCACAUAGUAUCAGAAUGCUCCACAAAGUCACUGUGUUGGAACUGCCGUGAACCAGGUCACAUGGCUAAUAGCUGCACCAACGAAGGCAUUUGUCACAGCUGUGGUAUAGCCGGACACCGAGCUAAAGACUGCACAGCUCGCCAGCUCCCACCUGGAGACCUUAGGCUCUGCAACAACUGUUACAAGCAAGGCCACUUUGCAGCAGAUUGCACUAACGAGAAAGCAUGCAACAACUGCAGGAUGACUGGUCAUUUGGCUCGUGACUGUAGAGACGAUCCUGUCUGCAACCUGUGUAAUGUCGCUGGUCACCUUGCUGUUAAAUGCCCAAAAACAGAUGGACUAGCAGGAGACCGAAGACCACGUGGGAUCAGAGGCGUGCAUCGUGGUGGCGGCUAUAACCGAGACCAGUACGAGGAAGACAUUGUGUGUAGGAACUGCCGGCAAGUGGGGCAUAUGAGCAGAGACUGCACAGCUCGGUUAAUGAUAUGUCGUAAUUGUGGUGGAAGAGGCCACAUUGCGUAUGAUUGUCCUUCUGCGAGAUUUGUGAACAAUCAGUUUCCCUUAAGGUACUAAAGCCACCACAAAGAGGGGCUUUUACUUGGUCUACAAAUCAGUUGUGUUGUUAGCUCGUGAGUUGGUUUUGAUGUUAUGACUUUAUUUUUGUCCCUAGUUUCGACUUCCAGCUUUUGAAACCUUAUAGACGACUGAGAAAUCAUUAUAUCUUCCGCCCUUCUCACCGCUUUCGCCGCUAUAAAACGUCAUCAAUUCAUCGA